AUGCUGAUUAAAGAGUACCGUAUUCCCAUGCCCCUGAGUGUGGAGGAGUACCGCAUCGCCCAGCUCUACAUGAUCCAGAAAAAGAGUCGUGAGGAAAGCUGUGGCGAGGGGAGCGGUGUGGAGAUCCUGGAGAACCGGCCGUACACUGAUGGACCAGGAGGGACUGGACAGUACACACACAAGGUCUAUCACAUAGGAAUGCAUAUUCCCAGCUGGUUCCGGUCCAUUCUGCCAAAAGCCGCGCUCAGGGUGGAGGAGGAGUCCUGGAAUGCGUAUCCAUACACGCGCACAAGGUACACAUGUCCUUUUGUGGAGAAGUUCUCUAUUGACAUUGAGACGUUUUAUAAGUCUGAUGUGGGAACACAGGCAGAUGUUUUUAACCUGUCCCCAGCUGAGCGGCGACAGAGGACUCUGGACCCUAUAGACAUAGUGAAGGACCCCAUCCCAACCCACGAGUACAAAGCGGAGGAGGACCCGCGGGUUUACUGCUCUGUGAAGACGAAGCGGGGUCCGCUGACGGAUGACUGGAUCGAGGAGUACGUGAAGGAUCCCAGUCGGUCUCCCAUCAUGUGUGCCUACAAACUCUGCAAGGUGGAGUUCCGCUACUGGGGCAUGCAGUCAAAAAUCGAACGCUUCAUUCAUGACGUAGGGCUGAGGAAGGUGAUGGUUCGUGCCCACCGCCAGGCCUGGUGUUGGCAGGAUGAAUGGUUUGGCCUCUCCAUGGAGGACAUCCGACAGCUGGAGCUGGAGACUCAGCUGGCCCUGGCUCAGAAGAUGGCCCAGUACACAUCUGUGGAGGAGGCGACGGAGGCCAACGGGGCGGGGCCCCUGCCAGAGAAAGCUCAGGAGGCCCAGGAGACACUGAGCCCCAGCCCAGGGGAGGAGCCCGUUACAGACACACUGCAGGCACGCUCCAGCCUCACCAAGCAGUGGUCCACCUCCUCACGCUCUUCUAGGUCCUCCAAGAGAGGAGUGAGUCCAUCCCGUCACAGUAUCUCCGAGUGGAGGAUGCAGAGCAUCGCACGGGAUUCAGAAGAAAGUUCUGAUGAAGAGUUCUUCGAUGCCCAUGAGGACCUGUCAGAUAGUGAGGAGAUCUUUCCCAAAGAGAUCACCAAGUGGAAUUCCAAUGACCUAAUGGAUAAGAUCGAAGCCGCAGAUGUGGAGGAAGCCUCAGAAGAGCUGUAUCAGGAGACAGGUGGAGAGUACAUGAGAUCUGCCAGCGAGGAGAGACUAGAAGAGAUUCGUGGUGCAGUUACCAUCCCUACCAUCACCAUUACCAGGCACCUGUCAGAUGGCUCUUGCUCGCAGUCUCUGCAGUCCUCGAAGAUCCACGUCCUUAUUUUGGUCCUGCAUGGAGGAAAUAUUCUGGACACGGGAAGUGGGGACCAGACCUCUAAGCAAAGCGAUGUGAACACCAUCAGCUCGGCCUUUGACACCGUCAUGCGUGUCCACUACCCCUCUGCUCUUGGCAGACUGGCUCUGCGCCUGGUGCCCUGCCCAGCCAUCUGCGCUGAGGCCUUCUCCCUGGUGUCCAAUUUGAGUCCAUAUAGCUACGAUGAGGGUUGUCUGUUCAGCAGUCAGGACCACAUCCCACUAGCAGCCCUGCCCCUCCUCGCCACGUCCAGCCCUCAGUAUCAGGAUGCUGUGGCAACGGUCAUCAGCAGAGCCAAUCAGGUUUAUUCAGACUUCAUCAGAUCUCUGGACGGCGCCAGUUUCUCAGGACAAGUGUGUCUGAUUGGAGACUGUGUAGGAGGAAUCCUGGGUUUUGAUGCUCUCUGUAGCACUAAUCAGACAGUAUGUGAAAGUCAAAACAGCAGUCGCCGGGGGAGCGUAGUCAGUGCACAUGAUCCCGAUCUCCUCUCCCCAGGAAUCAUCAUCAACUGUGGCAACAGCUCCUCCUCUAACACCUCUCUGGAGGCCAGCCGACAGCUUAGCCGCAGUAACAUCGACAUCCCACGCUCUGGAGGAGCAGACGACUCUAAGAGACAACUCCCCCGUAAGAGGAGUGACUCCUCCACCUAUGAGAUCGACACCAUCAAACAGCACCAAGCCUUUCUAACAAGUCUGCACUCCAGCGUCCUGAGGAACGAAUCAGGUUCACGCAGGUCCAGUAACAGCACCAUGCUGGACGGCAGCUCCCUGGGCAAGUUCGACUUUGAGGUUUCAGACUUUUUCCUGUUCGGUUCUCCACUGGGCCUAGUGCUUGCGCUCAGGAAGACAGUCAUACCAAUGCUGGACGUGGCUCAGCUCCGGCCUGCCUGUCAGCAGGUUUAUAACCUGUUCCAUCCCGCAGACCCCUCAGCCUCCCGCCUGGAGCCCCUCCUGGAGAAAAAGUUCCACCUGCUGCCCCCUUUCAGUGUACCACGCUACCAACGCUUCCCACUGGGUGAUGGCAACUCUGCCCUGCUGGUGGACGCAGUGCAGAGUCACCCCCAGCUGCUGCUGGAGAGCACAGUGCGCUGCCCGGACACAGGCAGUGAGACAUGCAUCCCAGUGCCCGUGCUAAACUGGCCUGAGACCUCAGUCAAGGCCCCCUCCGCGUCUUCUGAGUCGGAUGUUGUUCAGUCUCACGGCGGUGUCCUCGUGGAUAGCUCGUACCCGUCCUCCCCCAUCACGGCGCCCCAUAACCGGGGCCCAGUGCGCAGAGCCAGUGAGGUCAGCAUCGCAAGUCAGGUCUCAGGAAUGGCAGACAGUUACACUGCCUCCAACAUAGCCAACCCACGAACAGCCCAAGUUAACCAAAGCAAAAAAACUAGCCUUUUGGCCCAGCUGGCCCUGACCUCCCAAAAGUUCUUCCCCAUGGGUCCAUCCCCCAAACCCCGCCGAAGGGCACAGAACAGCACCAUUCUGCCCCCCGCUGACCCAGAACUGGAACUACAUGCAGGAGUGGAUGUGGAGGCGGACUGUGACAUAGGCCCAUGUUCUCCAGUGCAGUAUGAGAGGAGCACUUCAACCUCUCUGGACUUCGCCAUGUGCGACCUGGUCUCUAUAGACUCCCAGCCUGACAUUGAAGAAGUGGCUGCACGCUGGUGGGGCACCAAGCGGCUGGAUUUCGCCCUGUACUGCCCUGACGCCCUCACAGCCUUCCCCACCGUGGCCCUGCCUCACCUCUUCCAUGCCUCCUACUGGGAGUCCACAGAUGUAGUCUCCUUCCUGUUGAGACAAGUGAUAAGACAUGAGAGCUCGAGCAUUCUGGAGCUGGAUGGGAAGGAGGUGUCAGAGUUCACUCCGUCUAAACCCCGGGAAAAGUGGCUAAGGAAGAGGACUCACGUGAAGAUAAGGAACGUGACAGCCAAUCACCGAGUGAAUGACGCCGUGUUCACUGAAGAUGGGCAGAAAGUUGUGACAGGACGUUUCAUGUAUGGGCCGCUGGACAUGGUCACUCUUGCUGGGGAGAAGGUGGACAUACACAUCAUGACUCAGCCUCCGUCAGGGGAGUGGGAGUAUUUUGGCACAGAGGUGACCAGCAGUAGCGGCCGUGUGUCGUACACCAUCCCAGAGACGGAGGGCAGGAAGCUGGGAGUGGGAGUGUACCCUGUCAAAAUGGUGGUCAGGGGUGAUCACACGUUUGCUGAUAGUUAUUUGACAGUCCUCCCUCAUGGCACGGAGUUUGUGGUGUUUAGUAUUGAUGGCUCUUUUGCUGCCAGUGUGUCCAUCAUGGGCAGUGACCCUAAAGUGCGGGCUGGAGCAGUGGAUGUGGUCAGACACUGGCAGGACCUGGGUUAUCUGAUUAUCUACAUUACGGGCCGUCCUGACAUGCAGAAACAAAGGGUGGUGGCCUGGCUCUCUCAACACAACUUCCCACAUGGCAUCGUUUCCUUCUGUGAUGGCCUGGUCCACGACCCACUCAGACACAAGGCCAACUUCCUCAAGUCUCUCAUCAAUGAGACUCAUAUGAAGAUCUGUGCGGGAUAUGGUUCCACCAAAGAUAUCUCUGUGUACACCUCCAUCGGUCUCUCACCCUCUCAGAUUUACAUUGUGGGCAGACCAUCAAAGAAAAUGCAGCAUCAGUGUCAGUUCGUCACAGAUGGCUAUGCUGCCCACCUCUCUCAGCUGGAGUAUGCCCAACGAUCCCGCCCAGCCAAGACUGGCAGUGCCCGCAUGGUCCUGCGUAAGGCCAGCUUCGGCCUGGGCGCCAACAACGACUUCCUCCGCAAGCGGAACCAACUCCUCCGCACCAUCUCCUCCCAGCCUGCCCCCACCUCCCCCACCAGUGGCCACUGCAAGCCUGAACGCACACAGAGCCAGUCAGAUAGUGACCGUCCCCACUCAGAGAGGGGCGAGAGGGCACAGGCCCAGAGAAGUAUGAGUCUGGCCGCCAGCUGCUGGGGACGCAGUGGAAGCACCAAACUGGAGUCCAGAGCUUUCCAUCCCAAAAGUUAGAGAUGGAAUGAUAGAAGAGGCGUUAGGAUGAGAGGGAAAGAGAACAGAAUUA